UUUUUCAAUCCUCUAUAUAAAUGGCUCAUUCCUUCAUUGUUCGAAAUGUGCUUGUAAGCUACACACAAAGCAUUAGAUAUUUCACUAACUAAGAAGAGUUAGAGAAAUUUUGUUUAUUUGUUCUGUUUAGUAGAGAUGGCGAUUCACUUGGCUUUUAUAUUUGGCCUCCUAGGCAACAUUGUCUCCUUCAUGGUCUACCUUGCUCCAGUGCCAACGUUUCUUAAAAUUUACAAGAAGAAAUCAACAGAAGGGUUCCAAUCAGUUCCUUACGUGGUUGGGUUAUUCAGUGCCAUGCUUUGGAUUUACUAUGCAUUUCUCAAACCUAACACAACUCUUCUCAUCACAAUUAACUCUGUUGGAUGUUGCAUUCAAACUUUCUACAUAUGUUUCUUCCUCUUCUAUGCCACCAAAAAAGCCAAGAUGGACACGAUGAAGCUGCUUAUUUCGAUGAACGUCGUUGGAAUGGGUCUAAUUGUUUUGCUAACUCAAUUUUUUGCAAAAGGCUCCAACCGUGCUCAAAUUGUUGGAUGGAUUUGCCUUAUAUUUUCAUUCUGCGUCUUCGUUGCACCUCUAUGUGUUCUCAGAAAAGUUAUAAAGACCAAAAGUGUGGAGUACAUGCCAUUUCUACUAUCGUUCUUUCUCACAUUAAGUGCCGUUAUGUGGUUCUUCUAUGGUCUACUAAUCAAAGAUUACAAUAUUGCUAUACCAAACGUGCUGGGAUUCACCCUUGGAGUUAUUCAAAUGGUGCUUUAUUUGAUUUACAAGAACGCAAAGAAGGUCGCGGUGACUGAAGAAGUAAAAUUAGAAAAUACAGAAACUGUUGUUGUUAUUGAAGAACAUAAAAUUCCUGAAGAAAAACUGAAAGAGCAGAUUAUUGAUGUUGUGAAGUUGAGUGCAAUGGUGUGUUCAGAGAUAAUUCCAAUAGUUACUGAGCUGAAGAAUGAAAUUGAGCUGCCUCAACUCAGUUUGAUUAUUACUGAAGACAAGAUUAUAAAGCCAAAGGGAACCAUAGAGGCCUCUUAAUGAAGACUUAACCUACUAAUUAGUAUUAUAAUGGCUUGUUUAAUUAAGUGACAUAAUUGUCUAAUUAAUGUUAUUUAAUCAUGGUGUGUACUUAAUGUUGUCUAAUUAGUCAUAGGUCCUCAUGAAUUGUAAUAUUAUAGCCAGGGGGGAAGCUAAGCUCUAUUUGUGUGUGCCUAAGUUUGAUUAUGUCUCUAUUAUCUUUUGAUUCUAUUCUAUUUAUGUAUCUAAAUUCUAAUUAUUAUUAAUGAAAUCUUUCUAUUCCACUA